AUGCUAGUAAAGUUGGACCCAGGAGGUGAGUUAUUUGGAGCUUGGAAAGCGCCUCUAACAGUUGCCAAGGCCUCGAUCGUCUGUCCAUCUACACGUUUCCAUUUGGCCCAACCGAGCUUCAGCAUCUUCACGGAAAUUCACGCCAUCCACAUCGACCCAAUCUCCGGGCGUCUCUUUGCUGCAUUUACUACGCCCGAGUGA